AUGGCAUCCAAUCCUCCCUCACAGUGUUGCACCGUUGGUGUCAAGCAUGACGGCAAGCCAACCGGCAAGUCUAUUAAGAUUGGAGGUAUCGAUGCCUACGUUGCUGAGCCUACUGGCAAGACUGUUCACAAGGACACUGCUAUUCUCUACCUCCCCGAUGUAAUCGGUAUCUGGAAAAAUUCCCAGUUGAUGGUGGAUCAAUACGCUGCGAAUGGCUACUACACCAUCAUCCCUGAUAUUUUCAAUGGGGAUGCAAUGUCUCUUAACAGACCCGAUGAUUUUGAUUUUAUGGGUUGGUUGACUAAGGGUUCCGAUGGAAAGAAUCCCCAUACCGUUGAGGCGGUUGAUCCUAUUGUUCAGAAGAGUAUUGAGUACUUGAAGGAGCAGGGAUUCAAGAAGAUUGGUGGUGUAGGAUACUGCUUUGGUGCUAAGUAUGUUAUUCGCUUUAUGCCUAAAGGUAAGGGCAUUGACGUUGGUUACACUGCGCACCCUUCUUUCGUCGAUGAAUCCGAACUCCGUGCCAUCGAAGGCCCUCUCUCUAUCGCCGCCGCCGAAACUGACGAAAUCUUCCCGACUGAAAAACGUCACCAGUCAGAAAAAAUCUUGGCUGAGACGAAGCAGCCAUACCAGAUCAAUCUGUACAGUGGUGUUGUCCAUGGCUUUUCUGUUCGCGGCGAUCCGAGUGUCAAACACGAGAAGUUUGCGAGGGAGAAGGCGUUCUUGCAGGCUGUUCAGUGGUUUGAUGAGUAUUUGAUAUGA